GGGGCGGCGGCGUCCCCUCACCCGGCUCCUCCUGCGGCGCGGCGGGCUGUGCGGACAUGGCCGCGGCGGUGGCGGUGGCGGCCGCCUCUCGGCGCCAGUCCUGCUAUCUGUGUGACCUGCCCCGCAUGCCCUGGGCCAUGAUCUGGGACUUCACGGAGCCCGUGUGCCGCGGCUGCGUCAACUACGAGGGCGCCGACCGCGUGGAGUUCGUCAUCGAGACGGCGCGCCAGCUGAAGCGUGCUCACGGCUGCUUCCCGGAGGGCCGCUCCCCGACCGGCUCGCAGCCUGCAGCCUCCAAGCCACCCCCACUGUCGGCCAAGGACCUGCUGCUGCAGCCGCCGCCGCAGCUGGGCCACGCGGGCGCCGAGGCCGCGCGCGCUCAGGCCAUGGAGCGCUACCCGCUGGCGCCGGACCGUGCCCCGCGCCUGGCCUCCGACUUCAGCACGCGUGCGGGUGCAGGCCUUGCACAGUCUGCCGCGCCGCAGCCCGCGCCGGCGAAUGGCAUCCUGGUGCCCAACGGCUUCUCCAAGCUGGAGGAGCCGCCCGAGCUGAAUCGCCAGAGCCCGAACCCUCGGCGUGCACACGCCGUUCCGCCCACCCUGGUGCCUCUGGUGAACGGUUCCGCCGCCUUGGGGCUGAGCGGCCGUGCUGCGGCCACACUGGCCGCGGUGAGCGGUACACCGGGCCUGGGAGCUCAGCCCUCCGACUUAGGCACCCACAAACGCCCGGCGUCUGUGUCGAGCGCGGCGGCGGAGCACGAGGCGCGCGAGCCGAGCAAGGAGAAGGCACAGCCGGCACAUCGGAGCCCGGCCGACAGCUUAUCCGGCGCGGCCGGGGCGAGCGAGCUGAGCGCCGACGCUGCAGGCAAAGGCCGCGCGCCCGGGGAGCAGGACUGGGCCAGCAGGCCUAAGACGGUGCGGGACACGCUCCUGGCGCUGCACCAGCACGGCCACUCGGGGCCCUUCGAGAGCAAGUUCAAGAAGGAGCCGGCCCUGACUGCAGCAGGCAGGUUGUUGGGUUUCGAGGCCAACGGGGCCAACGGGUCUAAAGCAGUUGCAAGGACAGCAAGGAAAAGGAAGCCCUCUCCAGAACCGGAAGGGGAAGUCGGGCCCCCUAAGAUCAAUGGCGAGGCACAGCCUUGGCUGUCCACUUCCACAGAAGGGCUCAAGAUCCCCAUCACCCCCACAUCCUCUUUUGUGUCUCCGCCACCCCCUACUGCCUCUCCUCAUUCCAACCGGACCACACCGCCUGAAGCGGCCCAGAACGGCCAAUCCCCAAUGGCAGCCCUGAUUUUAGUAGCAGACAAUGCCGGAGGCAGUCACGCCUCGAAAGAUGCCACCCAGGUUCACUCCACCACCAGGAGGAACAGCAGCAGCCCGCCCUCUCCCUCUUCUAUGAACCAAAGAAGGCUUGGCCCCAGAGAGGUGGGGGGCCAGGCCACCGGCAGCACUGGAGGACUGGAGCCGGUGCACCCUGCCAGCCUCCCAGACUCCUCUCUGGCAGCCAGCGCCCCCCUGUGUUGCACCCUGUGCCACGAGCGGCUGGAGGAUACUCACUUUGUGCAGUGCCCGUCUGUCCCUUCGCACAAGUUCUGUUUCCCUUGCUCUAGACAAAGCAUUAAACAGCAGGGCGCUAGCGGAGAGGUCUAUUGCCCAAGUGGGGAGAAGUGUCCUCUGGUGGGCUCCAAUGUCCCCUGGGCCUUCAUGCAAGGAGAGAUUGCCACCAUCCUCGCUGGAGACGUCAAAGUGAAGAAGGAGAGAGACUCGUGACUUUCUGCGUUCAAAAAAGCCCAUGGUUACCCUUAACUCAAACUUGUUGAACUGUAUAUAGAUCUCCAUACAUUAUAUAUAUAUAUAUAAAUAUAUAUAUCCAAGACAAGGGAAAUGUAGACUUCAUAAACAUGGCUGUAUAAUUUUGAUUUUUUUGAAUACAUUGUGUUUCUAUAUUUUUUUUGACGACAAAAGGUAUGUACUUUAAGGCAUUUUCUUCUUUUGUUAACGUUGUUAGGCUGUCUGUGCUUGACUCUGGGUGACAGUUGCUGUUCUAUGUAGGCUGCGACUUGGCUGCUUUUUGUUUUUGUUUUUUUAAAGAGCACUUGGCAAACAAAUGCUUCUAGCCGUAUUUGUAUGCACUUAUUUUAAAAGAGAAAAAAAAAAGAAAAAAAGCCAAAUACAUUUUUUUCUGACAUUGUAAGAUUGCCUUACUGUCUGUCAUUUCUCCUCGCUGGCCUCUCUCAGGCUGAAGGCCUGUUGGUGGAGGACAAUGGGAAGUGAGUGGAAGGGGACACCUGUCAGAAGGGCAUGCCCCGCGGGAAAUGUCACUCACCUAGCAGGCCCUCUCCGAGGGAGGGAAAGUGGAGUUUGAAUCUUGUCAACAGUUCAGUUCUUGCAAUAUUGGUCGUCAGAGGUGCUGCAGAAAGGUUUGCAACAUUGUGUGUCUGGGUUUUUGUUUUGUUUUUUUAAUCAAAGGCAAGCUAGCCUUGUUCGCUCUGCCCACGUGACCGGUUGUAAGCUUUCAGUGCUGCGUGCUCCUCCUCGGUUGCCCCACCGGUGGUUCCAGCUGUAGCAGUAGUUGUCAGGGUUGUGUGGAAACCAGGUGGCAUUACUGCUGACUCCCAGCUCAGCCUGGCUCUGCAGUGCCAUUGGCCAUCCUGAAAAAUUCUGGGGCUCCUUACUGUUGCAGGCCGGGUGAACUUGUGGGAUUGGAUUCAUGUCUGUUGCGUGUUUUUCUUCUUUUUCCGGUGUGUUUCUUCUACUUGUCCAGUUCUUGCCUGCGUGUUGUCCCGGUUGUGACAAGUGCUUACCGCAGUGUGUACAUUGACAGUUACAGCCCUGGGUGCUGCCAGGAGGAUCUGUGGGCAUGUCAGUGGUGGGGUACAGGAAGCCUGCAGUUUUUCCUUAGAUGUGUAUGAAAUACUAAGAGAAUAAUACUGUUCUGGAAAAAAAAAAAAAAGAACCUAGUGAGAACUA